AUGACACAUACCACAGAUACAGAGAGCUCAAGGGGGAAAAGAAGGACAAAGAUCUCUUCAUCUGGAAGCACAACGUCGAAAUCAGCAUCGGCGUCUGGACAUCGCUGGCGGCAAACACCUCCUACAUCGGAAGCCUCAAGUGUCAGGACUAGGAAGGAGAUGGCUGCGAGAGUUACUGAUGCGGACUUUAUAGAUACAGUUCUCGAGCCGUAUGGAAUCACCAUCCAGAACAAGGGUGUGAACAAGGACCUUCACAAACACUUUCGCAUCCAAGAACUGCCACGCGACCCGAAGCGUCGACUCCAUGUUUACAAAGAAGCACUUUCACUUGACGUAUGGCUGGAGCCAGACGCAGAGCACGUUCAGCGUGAAUACAAAGCUAUGAGAGUAUACGAAUGCAAUGAGGCUGAGCAUUCGGCAUACGCUCUGCGAGACAUAUUCCUUGAUGAGCCUCGUCAUCCAUGGCUCCCAGAGGAAGACGGCGAUCAGCGAUGGCUGCCCGUUCGCAUGCUACAGUUGGUUCGGAGAUUACCACAGGAUGAAUGGGUUGCUCCCCCGUUGAUUGGCUCGCUCGGAAAACGCUACGAGUGGGAUAUUCGUCCAGACUGUGCGUACCAUGUCUCCCUUCAGGCCUUUCAACCCGGCUUCCGCCCAAGUGUACGAAAACACAUUUCCGUUGCACAAAAGCGAGCUUUUUGCCCUUACUUGACCGUCGAGUUCAAGCGGGACGAAGACACUCUCGCUACGGCGCGUCAGCAAGUUGCCGUCGCCUCGGCUAUGGCAGUGUAUAAUCGUUAUCGUCUAAAAAGCUGCGCACUUCAGAUGACUGGGCAAGAGUGGAAGGAGGAGGAUAAAGAGCAAAUGCGCCACUACUCUAUCACAUUCACUGGAUCAACUUGGGACUUGUGGUGUACUGUGCCAAAGACUUUUACUACCUGGACUGGCUGCAACAUGUCCACAAUCUACUCUGGUGACUGCUGCAUCCUUGCUGGUGUCCAGCAGCUGAUAGGUAUAAUCAACGAUAUACAUUAUUGGGGACUGAUGGUUCACGGUAGGUCAUGCAAGGCCGAUAUUGCUGCAAAAGUACAUUCUGACCCUGAUGCGGACACGAACGAUAUAACGUUAUUGGAGGAAAAAUUAAAUUAG